GGAACUAAGAAACAAAGCAAAUGUUCAGUUUGGAGAUAAUGGGACAACAGUCUCUGCUGUUAGCAACAAGGCUUAUGUGUUUGAGCGGAACCAGUCUGUUGGGGACCCUGAAGUGGACUUGAUCAGAACAUUGAAUAUCCCAGCACUGACCGUCAUGGAGUGGGCCCAGGUCCAGUUCCUCAGGGAGGUCAUCGAGGCCAUGCUAAAAGCCUAUGAGCAGAAGCUCUUUGUGACUCACACCGUGCAUGAGCUGCUCUGGGGCUACAAAGAUGAGAUCUUGUCCCUCAUCCAUGUCUUCAGAUCUGAGGUCAAUCCCAAUUUUGGCCUGUUCUAUGGGAAAAAUGGGACAAAUGAUGGAGAUUAUGUGUUUCUAACUGGAGAAGACAAUUACCUUAACUUUACAAAGAUUGUGGAAUGGAAUGGAAAAACGUCACUUGACUGGUGGACAACAGACACAUGCAACAUGAUUAAUGGGACAGAUGGAGAUUUUUUUCACCCACUAAUUACCAAAGACGAAGUCCUUUAUGUCUUUGCAUCUGAUUUUUGCAGGUCAGUGUAUAUCACUUUCAGUAACUUUGAGAGUGUGCAGGGACUGCCUGCCUUUCGGUAUAAAGUGCCAGCAGAAAUACUAGCCAAUACUUCAGACAAUGCUGGUUUCUGUAUACCUGAAGGAAACUGCCUGGGUUCAGGAGUUUUGAAUGUCAGCAUCUGCAAGAAUGGUGCACCCAUUGUUAUAUCUUUCCCACACUUCUACCAAGCUGACGAGAGGUUUGUUUCUGCCAUACAAGGUAUGCAUCCAAAUAAGGAAGACCAUGAGACAUUUGUGGACAUUAAUCCUUUGACUGGAAUGAUCCUCAAAGCAGCCAAGAGGUUCCAAAUCAACAUUUAUGUCAAAAAAUUAGAUGACUUUGUUGAAACGGGAGACAUCAGAACCAUGGUUUUCCCAGUGAUGUAUCUCAAUGAGAGUGUUCUCAUUGAUAAAGAGACUGAGAGUCGGCUGAAGUCUGUGAUUAACACUACCUUGAUUGUCACCAACAUCCCCUACAUCAUCAUGGCGCUGGGUGUACUCUUUGGCCUGGUUUUCACAUGGCUUGCCUGCAAAGGGCAGGGAGCCACGGAUGAGGGAACGGCAGAUGAAAGAGCGCCCCUCAUACGAACCUAACCAUCGCCAGAGCUUGCUGCAGGAGCCCUAUGAGCUGUCCCAACCUGGUCCCUGACGUGGGGAAGCCCUCUGCAUCCUCACAUGCGUGUUGCCUGCUGGGAUGAGGGAAAAGACACUGUGCUGGCAGGUGUUGGGGCAUUCUGGCCAGAGGUUACUGAACAGGCUGACAUGCCUGGCCAUUAUGCUUUAGAAAAUCAUGUGGUCUCUGAAGUUGUUUUAAAUGUGUCUAGCAAGUAUUUAAUAAACCCUUGUAUAGUCAUUUUUUUGUGGUUGGGUACCCGUAGCUCCAGUACUUUGUGAUCUCUGUUGUGGAUUUAAGAAGUCUCCACGUCACUUGCUAAUGCUACUUGGCCUAACCUUGUCCAGUAUGCUUUAGUCACCAAACUUUGUGCUCAAAAUACAUACACACUAUUUUAUGUUGCAUUCCUCUAUUUUACUCCUCAAACAGAAGUAAAUGAGAGUUCGGAACCCAGGGUAAAAUGGUAGCCUCAUCCCAUACAUCAUUCAAAUGCAUCAGACUUCUACUUUUAAAACAUUACAUGUUGCAUUUUGUGCUAAUUUUCAGUUCAUAAUUCCUCCAGAAAAACUCAGUCUUCCGAAUACUUUUAUAUUGUGUAGGAAUCAUGCAGGGGAGGGGUUGGGGGGGGAUGAUACCCAUGAAUUGAUAGUGAUAAGCUCCUAAGGAUUUUUAACUUGUACUUUUGUGAACAAAGAGAAUGCAUAAAUAAUGGUGGUGAGGUAAAGUGCAGAUAUUUCAUAUAGAGUAGAACUGAAUACUAGUUAUGACACUUAUGAAUAGCUUGACACUUAUGAAUAGCUAACUGGGUUUUUUUAGUCAAAAUCAUCUGUAUGUGGAAAGAUGCUUCUGGAGAAUGUGAUCAGUAACUGAUUUUCUUUCCCUGUUCACCUCUGCCAAAUAUAAUACUGAAUUAACCUAUGAUUGUUUAUUUGUGAAAUUAUGAAUAUAGGAAAUCUACCCACCCACAGCCUAAGUUACACACAUUUUAGGAAGUCUGAUUAGACUAAAGAGACAUUUCUUCUGGUGUAGGCUGCUUCUUCUUGGUAACUUUGAAAUCAUUUUUGUCAGUUAUUUUCUCAGAUUCAGUUCCUUGCAGUGUCUCGUGGCUGUCACUCACUGAGAGAGAAACAUGUGCAUGCCCUACACUUCCUGGUACAUUUUGCUGACAGAAUGAGGGAUGUUUAAAAUAUUGUACAGAAAGUACUUUAAGGAAAGGUCCCUUGGGACCAGAAGCAGAACAACUUUUCUUCAAAAGGCUUGUUGGUUUCAGUGUAACCUAAGUCAGGGUAUCGGGAACCGUCAUGUGUCCCAGUGUUAAUUCAAGUAUAUUCAAGAAAGGACAUUUUCUUUGAUCAAGAUUCACCAUUCAUUUUUAAUUGAGAAGUCUAUUCAGUUAUCUGGCAAAGAACUUACAGGAUUUCUUAACAAACUGAAUAAUUCUAAGGGACUUUUUGUUUAAAACUGAAUUUCAGUGUAAGCAAAUGAAGAAAAAAAUGUGAUUGAUUUCACUUACAUAGCUUCAUACCCCUCUAUGGAGGUAAUAACUUGCUUCAAAUGCCCCAGUUUCUCUUCUGUCUCCACUCAAGCAGUGUGUGAUCUAUUUCUCUUCUUGAAGGGACAAUUUAUCAAACUCUCAACUUGUCUACAAAUCAAAAUAGAACCUUCACAUGCUCCAAUUCACCAAAAUGUAAAAAAACUAUAUAAAAAUAAUUGACCUUCAAUAAUACCCUAAAUACCUACACUUUGGGGAUGUGUCAAUACUUAAAUAGAUAACUGACAUAUCUUAUUUAUGCAUAUACUUAUCCACACUAAUCAAAUUGAUAAGUCAGUGCAUACUCAUUGGUACAGUCCUAUUAUCAGGAUAUAAUCAUCUGUGAGGAGGAAAUUUUCAAUACUCUAAAUGUUAACAGCUAAUGAUGUAAACAUUUAGACUGAGUCCAAAACAGGUAGGGAAACCAAAAACAUAUUAAUUCCAUAUUUGUGUCAUGAUUUUUAAUAGUUACUUGGCCUAAAUCACAUUAGAUAUUUCCCUUCUGAAAAGUUUGAGGCAAACGUAUCAACUACAGUUCAAAUUACAGAUUGGUUAAGAGGAAUGAAUGUACCUACCUGGUUUCAGGUUGAAAUAACAAACUCUUCCUCAUGCCUAUUCUCUUGUAGCUGAUAUCCUGGAAAGACCUCAAAAGACUUUGUGGUUGUGAGCACUGUCUCAAUCACAGAAUGCAGGCAUCCCACACCAUGAUCCCCAGCUUAGAGAGAGACCAGGACUAAGAGCUUAACUCACUUCUCUCAGGGAAAAUUGGGAGUUGAGCACAGGACAGAAAAUGGGCUUUGCCACUUUAAAAUUUUAUUUCGUGUUCUGGAAAGAUCACUAAUGGUCAAGUGGAACCAGUACUACACAACUAACCCCUAUUGGGGUUUUACUUAAGGAAGACUGAUUUUUAAUUUAAAUUGUCGGAGAUGUGAGUUCUGCAAAAGGUGAUCCUCAUGCUUGGCCCACUGGGAACUAUUACUAAAGUUGCUCAUACCUGUUAACAAGAAUACUCUUCAUGUAGCUUAUACAGCUGAUUCAUUUCAUGUGAUUCUUGACAUGUUUAUUUCUACACUUAAUGCAACAAAAUGUUUCACUAAUAAAAAGUCUUUAUAUAAAAUUGCA